CGGUGAUGCUGCGCGCCCGCUCCCUGCUGCUGCUGCGGUUGGCGGCGCCGGCGGCCGGCUGCGGUCCGGCUGCGCGGCUGGUGCCGGCGCGCCUGUUUGCGGCCGCGCCGCCGCCGCCGGCCGCCACGGCAGCCGCCGUCUCCGCCGAGCCGUUCAUCAACGGCUCCAACUCGAGCUACGUGGAGGAGAUGUACGUCCAGUGGCUGCGGGAUCCCAGCUCCGUCCACGCCUCAUGGGACGCGUACUUUUCGCGGACGGCUGGCGGCGCCGGCCCGGGCGCGGCCUACAUGGCGCCGCCGUCUCUGGCCGCGCCGUCGGCCAACUCACUGCCCGUCUCGGCCCUGGUGGCGCCCAUGGUGGGCGGCGCGGCGCGCGUGCCAGGCGCCGCCGCCAGCGAGAACACCAUCGCCGACCACCUGAGCGUCGUCGGCGUCAUCCGCAGCUACCAGAUCCGCGGUCACCUGGUGGCCCGGCUGGACCCGCUGGAGAUCGAGCGAAAACCGGUGGAGACCGCCUCCGAGAUCGUCGUGCGCGGCUACAUGCAGAACUUCGAUGAGCAGGACAUGGACACGGUCUUCCAGCUGCCGUCCUCCACCUUUAUCGGCGGCCGCGAGAAGGCGCUGCCGCUCCGCGAGAUCGUCAACCGGCUGGAGCAGGCCUACUGCAGGAGUAUCGGCGUGGAGUACAUGUACAUCAACGACCUGGAGCAGUGCAACUGGAUCCGUCAGAAGAUCGAGAGUCCGGGCAUCAUGCAGUUCACCAACGACGAGAAGCGACUGAUCCUGGCCCGCGUCGCCCGCGCCACUGGGCUGGAGUCGUUCCUGGCCCGCAAGUUCUCCUCGGAGAAGCGGUUCGGCCUGGAGGGUGGUGAGGUGCUCAUCCCGGCCAUGAAACACAUCAUCGACGUCAGCUCAGCAAUGGGAGUCGAGUCCUUCGUCAUGGGUAUGCCCCACCGCGGCCGUCUGAACGUACUGGCCAACGUGUGCCGGAAGCCUCUGGAGCAGAUAUUCGCCCAGUUUGCCGCGCUCGAGGUCGCCGACGAGGGCUCCGGUGACGUCAAAUACCACCUGGGCACGUACAUCGAGCGUCUGAACCGAGUCACCAACAAGAACGUGCGCCUGGCCAUUGUGGCCAACCCCAGCCACCUGGAGGCCGUCGACCCCGUGGUGCAGGGCAAGGUCAAGGCCGAGCAGUUUUACCGCGGCGACUCGGACGGCAACAAGGCGAUGUCGAUUCUGCUGCACGGAGACGCGGCCUUCUCUGGACAGGGAGUCGUCUACGAGACCUUCCACUUGUCCGACCUGCCGGCCUACACCACACACGGAACGAUACACAUCGUGGUCAACAAUCAGAUCGGCUUCACGACGGACCCGCGCCUCACCCGCUCGUCUCCCUACUGCACGGACGUGGCGCGCGUGGUGAACGCGCCCAUUUUCCACGUGAACGGCGACGACCCGGAGGCCGUGAUGCACGUGUGUCAGAUCGCCGCGGAGUGGCGCAACACCUUCCACAAGGACGUCGUCAUCGACAUCGUGUCGUACCGCCGUAACGGUCACAACGAGAUUGACGAGCCGAUGUUCACCCAUCCGUUCAUGUACAACAAGAUCAAAAAGAUGCCCAACCUUACCGACAAGUACUCCAAGAAACUUAUCGACGAGGGCACCGUCAACGCCGACGAAGUCAAGCGGGACGUGAUCGACCGGUACGAGAAGAUCUGCGAGGAGGCGCUGGAGGCAUCCAAGAAGGAGACGCAGAUCUACAACAAGCACUGGAUCGACUCGCCCUGGUCCGGAUUCUUCGAGGGUAAGGACCCGCUGAAGAUGUCCGACACGGGCGUCAAGGAGGAGACGCUCACCCACAUUGGCAAGAGGGUCUCAUCGGCGCCGCCCAACGCCGUCGACUUCGUCAUCCACCGUGGACUCCAGCGCGUGCUCAACUCGCGUAUGGAGAUGGUGGAGUCGCGCACGGUGGACUGGGCGCUGGCUGAAGCCAUGGCGUUCGGCUCCCUGCUCAAGGAGGGCUACCACGUCCGGCUGUCCGGACAGGACGUCGAGCGGGGCACCUUCAGUCACCGUCACCACGUGAUGCACCAUCAGAAGGUGGACAUGGCCACCUACCGGCCGCUCUGCUACCUGUACCCCGACCAGGCUCAAUACACUGUCUGUAACUCGUCACUCUCAGAGUUCGGAGUGCUCGGGUUCGAGCUGGGAUUCAGUCUGACCAACCCGAACGCGCUCAUCUGCUGGGAGGCCCAGUUCGGAGACUUCUGUAACACGGCCCAGGUGAUUAUCGACCAGUUCAUCUCGUCCGGCCAGGCCAAGUGGGUCCGACAGUCGGGUCUGACGCUGCUGCUGCCGCAUGGCAUGGAGGGAAUGGGCCCGGAGCACAGUUCGGCCCGCCUGGAGCGGUUCCUGCAGCUCUGCUCGGAGGAUCCGGAGUACUUCCCGCCCUUCGCCGCUGACGAGUUCGCCAUCCGCCAGCUCUCCGAGUGCAACAUGAUCGUGGCCAACUGCAGCGUGCCCAGCAACUACUACCACAUUCUGCGGCGCCAGGUGCACAUGCCCUUCCGCAAGCCGCUGAUCCUGAUGACGCCCAAGUCGCUGCUGAGGCACCCGCGCGCACAGAGCAGCUUCGACGACAUGGUCGAGGGCACAGAGUUCAAACGUGUCCUGCCAGAUACGGCUGCGGCCGGCCAGUCACCGUCGGGUGUGCGGCGCGUCAUCUUCUGCAGCGGAAAGGUCUACUACGACCUGGAGAAGGCGCGCGAGGACCGCGGACUGCAGGACCAAGUGGCCAUCGUCCGGGUGGAACAGCUGUCUCCGUUCCCAUUUGAUGAGGUGAAGCAGCAGCUGGACCUGUACCCGGCGGACGCCGACAUUGUCUGGGCCCAGGAGGAGGCGAAAAACAACGGCGCCUGGGCCUUCGUCGAGCCGCGCUUCGAGACCACCGCCGCCAAGGCCAAGGUCAUCAGCCGGUCCGAGAGUGAGCGCGCGCCCCGCGGCGCCGAACCCCCGUCUGCCACCCCCGACUCGUGGCUGGGCCGCCUCCUCCGCCUGGUCAGGGCCGGGCCGCCGCCCCAGCCGGCGCCCAAAGCCGGGCCGCCGCCCCAGCCGGCGUCCAAAGCCGAGCUGCCGCCCGAUGUCGCGAACACGCACUCCAAAAACGUCAGGCGAAUUCGGUACGUGGGCCGCAGCUGUUCGGCCUCUCCGGCCACCGGCAGCAAAACGGCCCACACCAAGGAGCUGAACGCCCUCCUCAAUGAGGCGUUCGACCUAUAGUGGGCGCCAGAGCGGGGCGCGCGGCGUCGGCCGCCGGCCGGGCGUCUGUAGUCGCGCCGCACAGCGUCGGCGGCCAGAGGGACGCGCCUAGAACCCCCGGCGCCGGCGGCCAGAGGGACGCGCCUAGAACCCCCGGCGCCGGCGGCCAGAGGGACGCGCCUAGAACCCCCGGCGCUGAUAGGUGAAUUCGUAGACCCCGAGUGUACAUUUUAGUCGCUGCCGUCAGCUAAUGAAGGCGUCUUGUCCCUGAAAUCGUGUGUGAAAUGAAGGGAAGGCUUCAAUACCAUUGGCUACUUUUAAAAUGACUAUUGAAUAGUGUUUUGCAGGAUUUUAACGCGAGUAAAAUGGUGCGGUUGUGACCAUCUAUCCCUGCUUGGGAGAGAGUGCGGUAGAACUCCUGUGAGGAGAGUUUAGAGAGCGCCUGUGUGUGGUGUCGCCGCCCUAUGAGUCUCGGGAGUCGCCGGGCGGUCUGCGGGCCGAGAGAGUCGCCGCUGCUUUGAUUUGCUGGGAUUGCCGUGAGUGGCCGUGAGCCGCCGGGGUGCGCCGGAUCGCUCAGUUGUUUGUGAGGGGUUGUUUCUGACUGCUGAGUUGUUUCUGACUGCUGAGUUGUUUGAGAGUCGCUGGGGUUGUUUCUGACUGCUGAGUUGUUUGAGAGCCACUGGGCUGAUGGUGGACCGCCGCGGUGGUUCUAACAGCGGUCUGGUCUGAGCCGCCGGGUUUUCUGCGAGUGGCUGCGAGUGUCGAGUCCCUUCUGUUGUGACGGUCUAUCUGUGGCGCUGACGGUCUGUCUGGCUGCUCUGCUGUUCGACCGCUGGGCCGGUUACCUGAGAGCUCGUGUGUCUGUGUGGGUGUGGGUGUGUGGGUGGGUGUGACGUCACCUGAUGACGUCACCGGUCGGCGACGAGCGCCCCUCGAACAAGCCGAGGCCAAAGAGGGGGACGGCCGGCGCGGCCCAGUGUGGGGAGGCCGGUGUACAGAACUACUGGCGGUCGAAGCUGGGAGGCCGGUGUACAGAACUACAGGCCGUCGAAGCUGAGAGGCCGGUGUACAGAGCUGUAGGUGAGCUGAGCGGAAUGGCCGUGCGGUGUAUUUAUUGAACUGCUGUGUGCGGCGGCGGGCGGGAAUAUCGGCCGCAGCCGCCGCCGCCGCCGCGACUUUACUGUAAAUACAGAGAGACAGAGAGACUGA